AUGUGUAUCAACUACGAGGGCGCCAUACCUGUGGGUGUUCAGAUGGAGCAGCUUCCUAGUCAUCCUGCUAACAGAAGAGCCAAAGAGGAGGGUAAUACUGUGCCUCUUUGUCGAGCCAAACCCUCCCCCAGCUUUAUUAAUCUUCAAGCAAGUUCCUCACCAGUCACUUUCCUGAAAAUCCUGCCAACGAAGUUGCUGUCAGGUAUUGACCACAAGCCCAAGGAAUGCCUAGGACUCCUAGAAUGUAUGUAUGCCAAUCUCCAGCUUCAGACCCAGCUUGCCCAACAACAGAUGGCUAUUUUGGAAAAUUUACAAGCAUCCAUGACACAACUGGCUCAUGGGAAAGAAAGCAAGAACUCUUCUCUCCCAGCCUUAUCUCGCAAUCUAUUGUUAAAUCACCUGCCCCAAUUCAGUAAAUGA